UCCAAGUUUCAGGCUUCAAUCUUCGUUUUAUAUUUCUGUGUUUGUUUUUUUUUUUAUCGUUUUUAAUAAUUUAACAGGGAGUGGUGUAGUAAAAAAUAUUCAUUUAUUCUUAGUUUUGUAUGUGUAUACGAUUUAUACAUUACUGAAAGCUUUACAAUAGCAUUAAAAUGACUCUUCGCUUUAAACUGACUGAAUUACAGCCUUUUAAUUGGAUAUAUAACUUAGCGCCUUGUUUCCCUGUCACUGCAUCAAAAAUAAAUAUUAUUACCAAUCCAAAGCAGUUUUAUAACACAUUGUAUGAUCGUUUUCGGAGUGCAAAACGUCGAAUUUCUAUAGCUAGUCUGUAUAUAGGUACUGGGGAACUUGAAAAGGAUUUAUUAGGAAUUACAGUAGAUAACGUUAAAAUUAAUCCUAAUUUAACAUUUAAUGUCCUUCUUGACUAUCAGAGAGGAACACGCGGUGAGAUUAAUUCUCGAAGUUUAUUCAAACAUUUUACGAAUGGCUUGUCCAAUAGAUGUAAUCUAGCUUUGUACCAAACAUCGCGUUUACAAGGUUCGUGGUCGAAAGCACUUCCAUCUAGAUACAACGAAAUUGUUGGACUACAACAUAUGAAAUUAUAUAUAUCAGAUAAUUCAGUUAUAUUAAGUGGAGCAAAUUGUUCUAAUGACUAUUUUAAAGAAAGACAAGACAGGUAUAUUGAGAUUGAAGAUGAAGACCUGGCAAAUUUUUAUUGUGACAUAAUAGAUGAGGUGACAAAGUUUAGCAAGCAAGAAAGAGAGAACAACAGUGUUGAAAAAAUUAGAAAAGAUGUGAUGAUAAAAAGUCUUAAUUAUAAUAUUAAAAAAUUAAUAACUAAAUGGAAGGAGUAUCAGUAUGCUAAGAUAUCUUCAUCCCAAGAAAUCAAAAACCAGUCCGACACAUGGAUUUUUCCAUUGAUUCAAAUGGGUGAAUUUAACAUAAAUCAGGAUGAGGAAGCUACUUGUAAAAUAAUGGAAACAGUUCCAGAAGGUUCCCAUUUAAGAUUGGCAACGGGGUAUUUUAAUUUAACAGAAAAGUAUGCAAAAAUAUUACUAAAACAUUGUAAAGCCAAUAUAAGCUUGUUGAUGGCUCAUCCAAAUGCUAAUGGAUUUAUGGGAGCAGCUGGUCCUGCAGGAGGAAUACCUCAUGCAUAUUCUUUAAUUGCAAGGGAGUUUUGGCAGCAAGUGACAGAAUACAAUCAAAUAAGCAGAGUUCAAAUGUUGGAAUAUGAAAGACCUGGAUGGACAUUUCAUGCUAAAGGAUUAUGUUUAAGCGUGGAUGUCGAGCGCACUUCGGUACGAAUUGGACCAGCUCGCAGCGGGGAAGGCAACCCCACAGAAUACAGACGUGAAAUAGUAGCAUGCUACCGUAAUUCUUUCGGUGAGUCGGGGAACCGGAGAUCCUUCCUUACCUUCCCAGUUUGUUUAUUUUUUCCGUCGUCAACAAAACAAAACAAAACGUCUUCAAAACAGUUCUUUGGCAUCAUUAUUAUUUAUUGACAUUAUUUUAAAAGAGCAACUUUAGUUUAGGCAGACUCUUCUCUAUAGAAACUGUCUUACGAACUGUUGGUAAAUCAAAAGUGCUUCUAUAUCUAGGAAGUCUAGUUGAAUGAAUAAAUGUUUGAGUUUUAGUCAAUCCUUUCCUUAUUCAGCGGCCCUACCUCUGCAAAUGUAUAUUGAGUGGUGGUGGGUAGGUGGUGAUCACUUACCAUCAGGCGAACUACCAGCACAGUUGGCCACUAUGAUAUAAAAAAACAUAAAUAAUCACAUUUUAUUAAAUGUUUAUAGUAUUUUAUAAUUUAAUCUACAAACACAGUUUUCUGACAAAAAAUCCUAACAAUCGAAUAAUUGUUUUUAUUAUUUCAUUUGCGUCUUUUUAAAUAAUACAUUUUCAAAAAUAUAAUUGUUCUCUCUAUAAUAAUAUUAUAAUGAAUACAAUUUUUUAAACGAUAUUACCAAUAUAAAGCAUGUAGAUUUAACGAGUAACAUUGAGCUAUAUACUUUUAAAUUCAUGUUGUUUUUACCC